GUUGAAGCGGGGAGCGGCGUGGCACAUGCAAACGUGCAAUGUCACCACUCCCACGAGGUCGAGAGGACAGUCCGAAACGAGGGGUGUGUGUUGCAGCAGACUGAGCCGCACAUGCACCGAUAGGUGUGUGGAUUCUCCACCUCGCCGUCGCCUUGCUUCGCACCAGUAAAUAGAAGCAUAUGGCUCGGGUCAUCCAGCUGCUGUGACUGAUAGGCGGAAACAGGUCGGCGGAUGCGCCCGUGGUUCUCGUGGGCCUUAUUCCGGGCUGCAAAGAGUGUUGUUGGAUGACAUGAUUGCUAUGCUCCGGCGGGAGGAUCUGGUGCGAACCAUGGUGCCACCUGCCUCUUUUUAAACAUAAAUUUCGGCCUCUUCGGAAGUGUCUUGUUCCUUUCCAACCCUGACAUCUUCUUGCCGGGCAAAUCGUCAGCACCAUGGAUAUCGUCAACAGGUCCUUCGCCAGUGUACUCCCAGAGGGUAGAUCACUGCCCGCCGGGGGCAUUGACUCCUCCACCUUCCAAUUCUCAUCUUCCAUUGCAACUGCCAUCCUCUGUGGCCUCACACUCUGGUACUGGUGGGCAAUCACCAAGGCGAAGGCCUCCCGGGACUUCAUCGACGGCAAUUACAACUUCGAUGCCCCCAUCAUCGGUCCCAAAAAUGCUGUCCUGGGCCGUCUAGCCUUCUUCCGCAAUGGCCCAAAGUACAUCGCCGAGGGCUAUGCCAAGUACAAAGACACCUUCUUCAAGGUAUCGGGCAAUGAUCUGCUGAUCGUCCCCAACAAGUACCUCCAAGAGCUGGCCUCCAUGCCCCCUGAGAAGCUCUCUCUCAACACCGCCAUCGUGGACGCCUUCCAGCGCCUCCACUCCAUCACCAAUGUCAUCACCGACCACAGUCUCCAAACUCGCAUGCUCAAUGCUCGUCUCACCCCCAGACUGGGUCUCCAAGUACCGGCAGUCCAGGAGCAGUUCAAGAAGUACCUUCCCGUCGAACUCCCUGCGAAUUCCACCACAGAAUGGACCAGCAUCAACGCCCUUCACUUGGCCAGGAGAAUGGUCCACCGCGGAGUAGCCACCCAGUUCGUCGACGAGCUCAAGGAGAACGAAGAGUAUAUCCAGACCGCCAUCAACUACUCAGAACACGGUUUCAAGCACAAUUUUGCCCUUCGCCUCUUCCCCGACUUUUUCAAGCCGAUUGCCGCCCAGUUCUCUCCAACUUCAUGGGGUGUUGACGCCGCACUCCGCAAGGCCAGAAAGAUGCUCAUCCCCCUCAUCCAGAAGCGUCGCGUCCUCGAAAAGGAUCCUGACUAUAAGAAGCCAGAGGACUUCUUGCAGUACCUUAUGGACGGCGGAAUUGCGGAAGGCGAUAGCGACGAGAUCACCGUCCAGAGAUUGAUGGUGACGUAUCUCGGUUCCGGCCCGUCCACCAUCAUUGCCGUGGCCCAGCUCCUGUUUGAUCUCUGCGUGCACAGCGAGUACGUCGAGGUGCUGAGGGAGGAGAUUAUCCAAGUCUUGACUGAACACAACGGGUUCACUCACACCGCCCUGGCCGAGAUGAAGAAGCUGGACAGCUUUAUGCGUGAGUCGCAGAGGCUCAGUCCGCCUACUCUUUUGGGCUUCAACGCCAUAGUCCGCUCCGACAUCGUCCUCCACGACGGUGUCGUUCUCCCCAACGGCUGCCACAUCCAAAUGGCCACCUACGCCAUCGGCAUGGACCCGGAGAAGAACGGCCCCGACCCCGAGAAGUUUGAUGGUUUGCGCCAGUACAACAAGCGGAAGCUCCCAGGCCAGGAGAAGAUCCACCGGUUUACUACUACUGCUGACAACAACCUCCAUUUCGGGCACGGCAAGAUUGUGUGCCCGGGGAGGUUUUUUGCUGAUCACUCGAUGAAGAUGAUUGCGGCGAACAUUCUGUUGAGAUAUGACUUGCAGUUCCCCGGGGGUAAGAAGGAGAGGCCGGGGAAUACGAGUAUGUAUGAUGUGUUGAUUCCGGACUUGGGGACGUGUGUUGAGUUUAGGUUGAGGGAGGAUGCGGGGAGGUGGAAUUGGUAGAGUCCUGUCUGAGAUUGUUAGCGCGACAUGCAUGUUUGAAGUGUCGGGUUGAGGUUGUUGAUCGGCUGGGAAAGAGACCAUUGGGAGGAAGGGUAAAUGUAGACAAAUAGGGGAAAAAAAAGAUGAAUUUCCAUAUGACUGGAGUAGUUAAGCCACGGUUAGUAUUUUUGGUGAUACUAAGAAUGGGACUCGAGGUGAAAGUAAAAG